AUGCAGAACGAAACAAGUACAUUACAUUUGUUUCCUUCGUCUAUUCUAGAAGAUGAUGUGAAACAUCCUGUCAGUGCAACAGUUCCAAUAUUAUCCAUUGCACCAUUAUCAAUAGCAAAAGGGGGAGAUGUAUUAGCUGUCGGAGAAAAUGGUAUGGGCCAAAUGGGGAUGUCAAGUAAUAUAGCAGAGAGACAAAAUGCUCAACCUGUUCCAAAAAUACCAGAAAAAAUUGUGCAAAUUGUUACCGGACCAUUACAUAGUGUUUUGUUAACUGAGCAAAAAAAUGUUUACAGUUUUGGAUGUAAUGAUGAGAAAGCGCUAGGACAUACAGCAAAUGAUGAUGAUGAUUCAGAUGACGAAGAUAAAGCAUACUUCGGUCGAGUUGAUUUUUCAAAAGUUAUUACGGAUAAAAAUGAACAAAUUAUCCAGGUAGCUGCUGGUGACAGUCAUACAAUAGUAUUAACAAAUUUAGGAAAAGUUUAUGGUUGGGGGACAUUUCGCAGUUCAACAAAUGGCCCAUUUGGUUUAAUCAAGAAGAAUCGAAUCGAGAGUGAUCCAGUGGAAAUUCAUGUACCAGAGAAAAUCAUUAAAAUAGCCAGUGGGCAUGAUUUUGCUUUAUUUCUGAGUGAAACCGGGCAAGUUUAUUCGUGCGGUAACGGCGAAACCGGUCAACUGGGACGAUUGAAUCGCUAUACAUGUGAAUAUGGAGGCAGAGCCGGAACUGAACGUUUAAUUCAACCAUCUUUAAUUCAGUAUAAUCGUAAUGGACUAUACGAAAAAGAUUUGAUGUUUGAAGAUAUUUUUGCAAGUUCUCAUGGAUUUUUUUUGAAAGUGUUCAAGGAAAAUCAUAUACUUGCAGGUGGAUUAAAUAAUUUUCAUCAAUUAGGUUUUGAGUCAACUGAGCCCGUAUAUUUUCCAGCAAUUGUCCCGUCUCUGGAAGGACAUCAAUGGAAAAAAUUUGCUGGUGGCCUGCAUCAUACAUUGGCAUUAACUAACGAUGGUCAGGUCUAUGCGUUUGGUCGUCAUUAUGAAGGUCAAUUAGGACAUGAAAAUCUCGAUAAGCAUCUUGUUAAGCCAAAAUUGAUUGAAAAUAUUCCAGAAGAAGUUUGUGAUAUAUCGUGUGGAAAUCAUGUCUCAUUUAUUCUGGCUAAAUCUGGCAAAGUGUAUUCAUUCGGUGAUGGUACAUCGUUACAGCAUGGACACGGACAUCAAGAUAUAAAAAUACCAAAAUUAAUAUCAUCGAAAUAUAUGGAUAUUAAACAAAUUCAAAUGAUAGCAGUUGGAUCUCAACAUACACUUUUUCUAGCUGCUGACACAGCAGCGUCACAUUGA